AUGACUUGGGCUUUGCCAUGUAUUGACCAAGGAUCCGCCCAUCCUCCUCCCCGCCGUGUCACCUCACCAGCUACGGCGACUUCUUCGGUCCGAGAACCCCCGUUGGCCCUGGGUCAUCUGCCUUCCAGUUCCUUUGUCCUGCACAUGGCUCAGGUGACGGGCGCCGAGGACGGACCAACAACUCUGACGGGCGGCUACCAUCUUUUGACUUUGCAAACGCGGUAG